GAGACUUUUUCUGCGGCACAUGCUAAUGAGACAAGAACUGGCGCAACAGACGGGACUUGGAUCCGUGGUAAUCUCCCGCAAUCGGCACAACGCCGAUCUCUGGGCGACCUCUUUCAGGGGUGUCCUGUGUCCAUCGUGGCCUUCAGAUAAGAGACAGUCGGUUCCUCGUGCGGUGUCAGCCGCGCCACCUCUUAGCACUUCGUUGAGGAAAAGGUUCAUUUUUGCACUUCCUGUGGCUUUCCAAGGGCAGAAAAGCCCUCGCUGUGAUUUGUGCAUUAUGACAGCCGGUGUUUUGGGGAUAGUGAACCCGCUCCAGACGAAUGCCUGAAUUGUGCGCGUUCCAGUAUAGCCAAGAAACAUGGCUUAUGUCAAGGCGCUUCUCUCUCAAGUGUCAGCGGCCGCUGUGCUUGCGCUGCUCUCAUCUUCGACGGAGGUUAAAGCCGGACAAUGUGAUUGUCAUUGUGAAUCGUGGAAAGAAGAGGUCGAUGAGAAGCUUACGCUGCUGGACCAACACGUAAGCAUGGCUAUAAAUUUGUCGCAUAAAGUUGUCCUGUUAGAACUGCAUUUCAUGAGCAUCUCGAAGUCGAUAGAGACACUGAAAAAUGACGUGGAAGCACUACAAAAUAGGGGACAGAAUGCCGUGUCCAACUCAGUACUUGCCGUACCAGGGACUGACAUUGACGACAUGCGAAAGAUCGCUGCCGAAGUUAGUGAAAUGAAGGCCGAGAGGAGAAGUCUUCACGAUGCAGUGGAACGAAUGAAACGAGACAUAGCUUUGGAACGGCUUGAAACAAAUAGGAGCAUCGAGGCUGCAAAAGCAGAAGCCAGAAGUGUUACAAAUUUACUUACGCCGGAAGUGCAGCGAGCAGCGGCAUCGCUUCCGAAAAUAGUGGCAAAGAUAGAACGCUUUUAUAGAACUGGGGAGGACAUCAGGCAGCUCUUGUCACCUCCACAUUAUCUUAAUGAAACGUGGGAUCAAGACAAGCUAAAUGGCAUUGAAAUCGAGAGAAACGUAGCACAUAUGAAAGAGAACAAAACGAAGGAAACACAACGCGCAUCUCCCGGCAAGAUUCACACUUCAGAGGGUUCACUGAGCAAUGUAUCACGUCAGAGAACCCAACAAAAAAUCAAUGUGAGCACUGAUCUCCUUGAAAAUUUGCGUAACACCUCCGCACCAACAGUUGCAAUUGCUUUUACAAAAAAUGGCACCGACGGUUGGCGUAAUUCUACAGAAACUGCCUCAUACAGCGAAGUAAUGAAAAACAACACAUUUCACGAUAUUAGCGAAAUUGAAUUCGUUGGAAAGGAUGGGAACUUCUCGGUCACUAUUAGAGACAGCAAGGUGAUUGAAUGUACGGAGUACGCAUCGAAUAAUCACAACAUCUCAGAUUCUCAGGAAAUGCCUUGCGAUAGUUUCACAGCGGAUGUGGAUACGGAAGCGCACGAAGCAUUGGAGCGAAUGGCACCCAUAUCUCAUGAUUUGACAGGCGAAGAGUGGUCGAUCGAAAAUGCCAUGACAUUCAUGGCUAAAGAGCUGGUCAAGUUACGGAAAGAAAUUGGUGACAGCGCGUUGAAGAAAAAAGUGUCACAGAUCGAAGACAACACCGCUCGCGUGAGCACAAAUCUUAGAAAACUGGAACAUUCUCUCAUAAACGAAAUUACGCGCAGCUUUGUGAACGUGAGCUUUCGGGUGAAAGAAACCGUGGAUGUGUUAACAGAACACAAUUUGACACAACUCGAAGCCCAAACUGAGGACCUAGCGCGAAAUGCUAGUUCUCUUUGGCAGAGUCUACAUAAUGCAGAGACUAACAUACAACUAUUACAGCUCUCUCUUUCUGAAGCCAUUGGUAGUUUCAACGUUGGCAACAAUGCCACUUUUUACAGGAUGAACGAGAGCCUUUUCACCUCUGUGAGCCAAUUUUCGACCCUGAAUGAGUCGCUACAAAGUUAUCUCGCAGAAAGGCUCACGCUGAUGAAGGGUAAACUGGAAAAGCGAAAUUCCGAAUUGGAAGUGCGAUUGACCCAGCUUAGCCAAAAUGUACAAGAAUGUUUGUCAGUUGUGGGAGGCUUCAAUAACACUGUCGAGGAAGUCAAGAUAUUGCUGGACGAACUAGGUGAAAGUUACAACAGCAUCGUUUCCGCGGACAUCAAACUCCAAGCAAGCAUUGAUGAGCUGCUUCAAAAGAUAUCCAAUGAAAUUGCGCAUUUGGAGGAAAUGAUGAAAAACAGCACGCCUUCUGGUCAUCUGCCCGAAUUAACGGGAUGGCAUCCAGAUGAUAAUGCUGGCUGCCCGGGAUUGGAUGCCCUCGCUUCUGACGACCACGUGGUACUGUCUGCUCACAACAGCGGGAGGUAUCGUGCUCCGGAUCUGCCGUCGGACACACUUCCCGUGGGUUCAGUGGUUCGCUUCUGGUGUGUCCCUGCCGGCAGUCACAGGCUGAUUGGCGCUGCGGAGCUACGCUGCCUGGCUUCCAGGCGCUGGUCGAGCAAACCACCAAGAUGCCAGCCGCUUCCUACGCUUGAGCAGAUCAUGGCGGGGAACACAACGACGCCAUCCAUCCUUUACGAUGGUGUGGCGGAUGACGAGUGGGCAUCCUCUGACGACAACGGCAGCUUGGUGGUGCGACCUGGCGUCAACCUGCGACUCAAGUGCCUCUACCCUCGGACUACACUAGGCGGGAAGUUACGUGGCUUCACAACGGCAGCGUUCCGAGUUACGGCGCUUCCGCCUGGGCCAAAGGAGGUCCCGCGGAUGUUGGUGAAAAUGCAUACAUGCUGCAGAUUAACCGAACCACACACCUGCAUUCCGGGACGUACAGCUGCGAGACGGUGAAUGGAACGCACCACUCCAUCACCAUCAAGAUAUCAGAGGUGCACUGCAAGAUACCUGCGGCCCCUGAGAACGGCGACGUGUUGCUUAAAGGAAUUGCAGGACAGGCUCCGGUGGGUAGCGAAGCUCGGUUCCGUUGCUUCUUGGGGUAUCAACUGCGUGGGCCCGACGUAGCCACUUGUCUUGGAAGCGGACGUUGGUCAGUUCUGUCUCCGAAGUGCGAGGA